AGAGAGGAGGGGAAAAAAAAGCUUCAUUUCUCAGCCUCGGCAUUGAGAAUCGGCUUCAAGAAGCUGCGUGCUGAUUGGCCCGCGGGCUCUGGGCGUCAGCCAAUGGGGAGGGAGGAGCAGGUGGAUGAAAAGAAGCAGCAGCAGAAGGUGGAGGAGGGGGAGGAGGAGGUUCUUUCUUUUUUGGAGUGCUACGAAGAGACAAGCAGUGUUGCCGUGUUUAUUAGAAAGGAGAAAAUAUUAAUCGCACCCCCCCACACGCCGCUUGGCCGUGACGUCACUUGAGGAAGUCAUUGUAGCGCGCGAGUGCGGCGAUGAGCGGCAAAAGGUUCGAGCGAGUGCGGAGUGUGAUGCGGCAGCCGGACGGAGCACGCCAGCGCUUUGACGCGCAACUUUCACGCAACUUCCAAUAAAAAAAAAAAAAAAAGCCAAAGAAGAAGAAGAAUUGGGUGUGGGGUGGGGGGGCCGACCUGCGCGUGGAUGCUGUGGAAGUUCACCUGCUGGAUUGUGGACUUAUUUCCCUUUUCCCCCUUUUUUCCUUAAUUUUUUUUUUUUUUUAAAUUAUCAUCAUUAUUUUUUUUGUGCCGGCGUGACAACUUUUCGGGGUGGUGCGGGGAGAGGCGCGCCCGGGCUGUUAUGACGACCCACUCCCGCUAAAAUGGAGGCAUCGAGCGGCUCCAGCUUCGGCAUCGACACCAUCCUGGCGGGCGGCCGGGCCACGCCGUCGCCGCCACCGUCCUGCUCGGACGCCGACACGGUGGCCGGCACGGCGCCCUCGUCGCCGCUCUCCGUCACCGCGGAGCACCCGUCGGACCCCGACGCCAACCUCCUCCUCCACCACCACCACCACCACCAUCACCACCAACAACACCAUCACAACCAGCACCAGCACCACGGGCCGCCGUCGUCGCAGCCUCCUCCUGCGCCGCCGCCGCCGCACCACCACUUGCUCCUCCCGGCGGCCGGCGCGGGUUGCAGCGGCCCGCGGAGCGCCACCUCGUCGUUCCUCAUCAAGGACAUCCUGGGCGACGGCAAGCCGCUGGCCGCCUGCGCGCCUUACAGCACCAGCGUGUCCAUGUCGCCCAGUAAGGCCGCCGAAAGCGCCUCGGCCGCGGACGGCUUCCGGCCCAAGCUGGAGCUCCAGGACGAGGGCCGGGGCGGCAAGAUGGAGCGCCGGGAGGAGAUGCUGCUGCACGGCGACGUCAAGUGCAACGGGAGCAAGGAGGAGGGCGAGCGCGAGAUCUCGAGCAGCCGAGACAGCCCGCCGGCGCGCACCAAGAAGCCCCGCAAGGCGCGCACGGCCUUCACCGACCACCAGCUCAACCAGCUGGAGCGCAGCUUCGAGCGACAGAAGUACCUGAGCGUGCAGGACCGCAUGGACCUGGCGGCCGCCCUCAACCUCACCGACACGCAGGUCAAGACCUGGUACCAGAACAGACGGACCAAGUGGAAGCGCCAGACGGCGGUGGGCUUGGAGCUGCUGGCCGAGGCCGGCAACUACUCGGCCCUGCAGCGGAUGUUCCCGUCGCCCUACUUCUACCACCCGAGCUUGCUGGGCUCGGUGGACGGCAGCACGGCGGCGGCGGCCGCGGCGGCCGCCAUGUACAGCAGCAUGUACCGGACUCCUUCCGCGNNNNCCGCGGGCAUCCAGAGGCCGCUGGUGCCCCGCGUGCUCAUCCACGGCCUCGGACCGGGGGGCCAGCCGGCACUGAACCCCCUGUCGAGCCCGUCGCACGCGCGGUAGGGACGCAGAAAAACAAACAAAGAAACUAAAAACACGAAAGUCAUUCAAAUCCACGCGCGGGGGGAAAAGGAGACAAAUGACUCGGGAACACGUGGACUGCUCGCGUCUGAUUGUCCGUUUUUUCUUUGUCUUUUUGUACAAAACCCACUUAACAUUAGCAAAUAAACAGUUCAAAGUUUAUUAUUAGAUGGAGACGAACGGAAUGAAUAAAGACGUCAUGCAAACGUA